GUUAAUGUAUAUAAGACAAGAGGUUCGAACGAUGCCAACGACAGAUCCACAGAGGACAUGAUCGGAAAAAUUGUUUUGGUACUUUCGACUUUGGCGUUGGCCAGGGCCCAGAUACCCAGUCUGGGCUUCUGUCCCGACUACGUGCCCAUGGCGAACUUCGACAUGCACAAGUUUUUGGGCGUCUGGUACGAAACUGAGAGGUACUUCCAGCUCACAGAGGUGGUGUCGCGAUGCGUUAUGGCAAAUUACACAGUGGGUACUGGCGGUAAAUUCCACGUCAGCAAUCAAGUUACGAAUAGAUUCACUGGCAUCAAGAGGGUAGUGGACGGUGAAAUCAAGAAAGCUCCUUCGAAAGCCGAGGAAGGUAAACUGGUCGUGAAGUACACGAUACCAUUGACGCCAGAGACCAAAUAUUCCGUGCUGGAAACCGAUUAUGACACCUAUGCAGUUCUGUGGAGUUGUUCUGGUAUUGGACCUUUCCACACGCAGAACGCUUGGGUCAUGACGAGAGAAAGGCUGGCUCCAGGAACGGUCGUGCAAAAGGCGUACGCUGUUUUGGACAAAUACAAGAUCUCCAGGACGUUCUUCGUGAAAACCGAUCAAGACGACUGUGCUCACUUCGAUGUGUUGCCAUUGAGACCGGCGGAAACGAAACCUCAAGAGGCGAGUGUCUCGGAGGAAACUGAGGAAAGUACUACCGGAAACGUGAGAACAGCUAUAGUACCGGACGCUCCACAGGUGAUCAGCGAAAUAAAGAACGUGAAAGAGGACAAGGAGAUAACGAAGAACGUCCUGCCGGUCGAGAAAACGAAGAAACCGUCGAUCAACACCGUUCCCGAACGAAUCAUAGAGGUGGCCGACGCCAUGAAAGAGGACAUGCCCGAGGAAAGCGCAACGAUCGCCGAGGAGAUGAAACCAAACGAGUCUAAAGAAAAAGAGAAUGCCGACGAAGAUGUAAAACCAAUUGUACAAACGGAAAAUGCCGCAUGA